AACAUCUAGAUAAACGCAAAGCAAGUACGUCGUGUAAAACUAGAGUGAGCUACUCGUUAUUAUCAAGAAGGGGAGGUUUCCCGUUUCCGGCUGUCACCCAUCGAGACGCCCUGUCUAACGUCCUGUGUUUAUAGGUGUUUAAAGGGAUACUUUAUAAAGUCAUUUCCAAGAUUCGCAGGGAGCAGAAAAUCAGUGAGGUUCACUGUGAGUCGAUUACAUGAAGUGAGUCAAGAAGGGGGGAGCAUUACUAGCAGUCAGUGACAGCAGAGUACUACCCACUACUACCUUCAGAAUGGCCUGGCGUUUUAAAGCAUCCAAGUACAAGAAUGCUGCACCUAUUGUCCCUAAACCAGAGGCUUGUAUUAGGGAUAUAUCAGUAGGUUCUUAUCAAACCUAUGGAAAUAAUAUUGCUGCAUCGGCUGCCUUUAUGGCAUUUAAUGUUGACCAUAAUGGAUCCAGUCUGGCAGUGUUGCCUCUUGAUGAUUGUGGGAGGAAAAGCAAGACAAUGCCCCUGCUUCAUGCUCAUGCUGACACAGUUACUGACAUGGACUUUUCUCCAUUUCACGAUGGUCUACUUGCCACUGGAUCUCAAGACUGUCUUGUCAAGCUCUGGCAUAUUCCCGAAGCGGGUCUAGAAGAAUCUCUCUGCAAUCCAGAGUGUACCUUUUCUCACAGGCAACGCAGAGUGGAAGCUGUACGCUGGCAUCCAACUGCAGAAAAUCUUCUCACAACAGUCUCUUACACAAAUCUUUCCUUGUGGGAUGUUGUCUCGCAGCAGGAACUUUUUUCCAACAACGAACAUGCAGAGGUAAUACAAUCUUUAAGCUGGAAACAGGACGGCACUAUACUAGCCACAUCGUGUAAAGACAAGCAAGUCCGGAUCAUAGAUCCUCGUGGCGCAAAAUGUAUUGUUAACGCAGUAGCCAGUCAUCAAAGCAUCAAGGACUCCAGAAUCGUAUGGCUCGGUGAUAGCGACCGAAUUUUAACGACAGGAUUCGACGCUGCCCGCCUGCGCCAGGUCUUCAUACGCGACUUGAGGAACCUUAAAGAUCCUGUCAAAACUUUAGAACUUGAUUGCAGCACUGGCAUCCUUAUGCCUCUCUUCGAUCCGGACACCAAUAUGCUUUUCCUUGCUGGCAAGGGCGAUACGACUAUCGCUUAUAUGGAAGUAACGGAUAGAGAUCCGUAUCUUGUUGAAGGUAUUCGACAUAGCGGUGAACAAACUAAGGGCGGUUGCUUAGUACCAAAACGCGCCCUUAACGUUAUGCAGGCUGAAGUUAAUAGAUUGCUGCAGCUUACAUCCAAUAUGGUCAUUCCUAUUAUGUAUCAAGUUCCGAGAAAGACGUAUAGAGAUUUCCAUGCUGAUAUUUAUCCGGACACGACUGGUUGUGUCGCACAGAACACGGCAGCGGCUUGGAUCAAAGGACAGGAUGCUUCAGUGCCGAAAAUAUCUUUAGAUCCUGCUAAACGAGCCAAAGGGGAAGAACCAAUUACGGUACACAAAGGAAACUUAGCGAUGCUGAAAGAUAGUCAGCGAGAGAUUAGAGAGGAAGCGACAAAAGCGCCGAAGUCUAUCAGCAUCUCUACACCCAAAGGAUAUUCCAAGGUGCAGUCUAUGGUCCAGGAGAAGGAGAAGAAGGUAUUGGAGAACGAGACAGUGAUCAACGAGGAGAUGAUAGCUGAUAUCUUUGCCGACGAGGAUAAAGCAAAAUUGCAGAACGGUGGCGUCGGUGGUGGUCAAUCUGUACCGCCUAAACCCUUACCGAGGUCUUCCAGGACGAACAGCAUCUCCGAAGACGAACCGAAGCCCGUUGCACGUCCCAGAACUACACCUGCACCAGGACCUGUUGUUACUUCUGUGAAUCCUAAUAUGGUCGGAGGAUAUAAGCCUCGUCUUGGACCAAAACCCUUUCAAGCCAAAAGCGGAAGUCAAGAAUUCUCCUUUGAGAAGGUUUUUUCGGUUCCGGUCGCACCCAAUAGUGACAGCAAUGGUUACACUAACGAUACUAUCGUACAGUCGGAUGGAUGUAAUAUACCCGUGGAUAAAUCACCUAGUGCGGAGAAUGAACCUAUUAAGGAGUCCGAGAAUGGAAAAAGUGAUUCUAGUUCAAUGGAGGAAGAUGCGAAUUCAAGUGAUUCUGGUUAUAAGCCUAAGACACCGAGCACUGCCGAGAGACGUAAACUCUUUGAGACCAAGGUGAAGGAUGAAUCUCCCGAGAAUGAAGAAUGUGGAACUUUCGAACGUGGAGGGAUCAAUAGAAACUCCAUUGCUGAACGUAGACGUCUUUACGAGAGUCGUUCUGUAUCUGUGACCGAUGGCAAUUUGGCUGAAAAGGCUAUGGGGUCACCAACUGCGCUGAGGCGACGUGACUCUUUCAAAACUAAGAGUGAUGUUAUCAAAGAGGAUGAUACUAAAAAAGUGACGCCUGUUCUACGUCAGCAAAGCAUGGAUCCCCGAUUAGAAAAACCCGAGCCCAUUACCACGCCAACACCAAAAAGAACAUCCACAGUAUUCGGUAGAGUAUCGAAAUUCAGACACCUUAAGGGGACACCUGGUCACAAAUCUACCCACAUAGAAAAUAUUCGAAAUAUAAGCCGACAAAUAUCUGGAGAGUGUGAUGGCUUUCAUGCCAAUCCUGAUCGCGUUGCGGUACCCCUAAGUGGACCAGGUGGUAAAAUAGCGGUGCUGGAACUUAAAAAAACUGGUAGACUACCGGACGGCGUAAUGCCGGCUCUAGUGCACGGAGCAGCAGUCAUGGACUUCCAAUGGGAUCCAUUCGAUAAUCAGCGACUUGCUGUUGCUUGCGAUGACGGUAUGAUUCGACUGUGGGAUAUACCAAAGACCGGUUUGACAGAACCGACAAAUGAACCACAGUUCACUAUUGAAGCACACACUGAUAAGAUUUAUUUGAUUAAAUUUCAUCCAUUGGCAUCGGGUGUCCUUGCCUCAGCUUCGUAUGACACAACUAUUAAGAUUUGGGACUUGUUACCAUUGACAGAUGACAACAGUGCCAUUGCUAAACUCACAUUGACUGGUCACACUGAUCAGAUAUUCAGUUUGGCGUGGUCCCCAUGUGGACAGUAUCUUGCUAGUGCUUGCAAGGAUGGAAAGCUUCGUAUUUAUAAACCGCGAAGCAGUGACGUCCCAGUUAAGGAAGGGAAGGGUCCUGUAGGAACUAGAGGUGCUAGAGUCGUAUGGGCCCUUGAUGGUAGAUACUUGGUUGUUAUGGGCUUCGACAAAGUUUCAGAAAGACAGAUAAUGGUAUUUAAAGCAGACAAUCUCAGUUCUCCAUUAAACACUGUAGGAUUAGAUGUUUCGCCAGCCAUACUGAUGCCAUAUUAUGAUGAGGACAGUUCAACCCUUUUCUUAACAGGCCGUGGUGAUUCCACAAUAUACGCGUUUGAAGUUACGGAAGAAGCUCCGUAUUGUUGUGCUCUGAGUCAUCAUCGUUGUGCAAGUUUACAUCAAGGAUUAUCAUUUCUUCCGAAAAACCGAUGUGACGUCGCGAGCGUUGAAUUUGCAUCAGCCCUGAGAUUAACGAAUAACACGAUAGAGCCUCUGAGUUUCACGGUGCCACGUAUCAAGAGCGAACUCUUCCAAGAUGAUUUAUUUCCACCAACGAGAGUUACAUGGGCACCUACGCUAACAGCCACAGAAUGGUUUAAUGGGGUGAAUAAACAUGCACCGCGCGUGAGUCUAAAACCACCGGGCAUGGAUUGUCUGACUGAGAAUCAAGGUCAGGGUGUAGUUACAGCGCCUGUAGCAGCUAAACAAUCAUCAGGCUCAUUUCCAACGCCAACACAACCUUAUGGCAGACUAGGAUGGAAUUCGGACUUCAAUCAGAUAAAGGUCAAGCAGGACGAGAUCCUAAAAUCUAUGAGCACCAAUUUGGGGGAGGCAAUUAAUCGUCCACUGGAGCAAGAUCAGAUGGAAGGAGUUGACGAGCACGAAUGGGACGAGUGAAUAAGAUGCAUCAGGAUAUAGAACACUUAAAUUAAGGCCAAAUAUGUCAUAAGAAAUGUCGCAGUCGUGGCUGAACGAUGAUACUCGAGGAAAGACUCGUUAAAUUGCAACGAUUGCGGAGCUGAUCGUGCCAAUGGUUGCUUGUAAUUAAAAACGCAUAGCGUUAAUGCAUGCGGAAUGCAUUGAAUUUACGUUACGCAUCCGAGAAAAAAAACCAAUCAGUCGAUUGCAAUUUCCUGGCUGUCUGGAUAAUCGCAACGCGGGUCUGAGUCACAAAGCAGAAUUCCCCAAAAAAGUAAUAUUCACGAACAGUUCGAAUGCAUUGGCCGACAUAAUUACCAUUGUACGUCUCCCUAGUAUUUUUCUGUACUGCCGUGCUUACAGCAUAAUCCUUUUUUUACUAAUUAUUAUUAAUAGCGACAAUUUUAUUGUAUUGGCUCUCUCUUAUUAUCGUAGUGCGAGGUACUACGCCAUAAGGGCGAUCCCCAUCGCGUUUUCGCGAAUCUACAAUUUAUAUAGAUCCUUUGAAAAGCUCGAAGCACUCGACGACAUGAUUGCUGCUGCCAUUAAUAAUCUAUGCUCAGAAAUGAAUUCUUUAUGGAUCAUUGCUUAUUAUGGAGGACAACAAAGACACGUGAUCGUAGUUCUAGUCCGGGGUGGUUCUCAAUUCUUUAUCAUUUUUCAUUAAGUAACGUUUUUAGCACACUUAAUCUUAACAUUAUUAGUCUAGAUUUGUACGCCAGACUAUAUUAAGGCUAGAUUAUAGCGCUAGAGUAUGUUAAGUAUAUGGAGGGGGCAAUGAUGAUUUAUAAAUGAUAAUUAAUAGAAAUGGAUGAGGGGUCGUUUCCCUCGUGAGACAUUAUCUCAAUUCGUUAACCCUUAGAUCGCCGGCAUUUUAAAAGUCGAAAUUAAGCCUCUUUCCGUGCACAUUCCUAUAUAAAUGUUGUUCGUGAAUUUGUUAAUGUGUACGAGUCAUUAGGUGACACCAAAUGGCACCAUACCGGCGGGCUAAGGGCUAAUGAAAAUCGAAACGAGACAUUCCACAGUGGGAUAAAGAUAUUCCGGCUCGUAAGAGAAACAAGGAAAAUAAAUUCAAAUAAUCUUCAAUUUGAUCAUCGCGAUAUUAACGUUACAAAUUGAAUCACGUGUGAUAUUAGCAAAUUACACACUUACAAUUAGCAAAAUGUCUUAACGAUAAUCUGUGGAAAUACGUACGCACAUGCCGCAUACUUUUAGGCAAGGCAAAAAGAAGAUGUCGAAUAGCAGUUAUAUAUACCAGAUAUGCGCUAUAAUAUUGUGUUAGGUAUUACCUAAAUAAUGAGGAAAGAUAAAAAAAGAAACAUCAAUUCGUGCGAAAUUAUAAUAUCCGAUAAUAAUUCGAGCAUCCCUCUCGUGCCGACUCGACAUCCGACAAUGUAAUGAGAUUAAACCUAUUUAUAUCGUAAGCACUUUUAUAUUUGUCGAAGACAUCGUUAUUUUCAACUACGUAUUAAUUAACAAUGCAUAACAUACCUACAUCAAUGCAUACUAAUAUGCAUACGAUAGGACACGGAAGACUCAAACGUUUUUACCACAGUGUAUUUUAGUACGAGACUUUUUUCUCACGUGAGCGUUUUACUUUUGAAUGUUGUAAACUUAUUACCUUUAGUACAUAAAGACUAUGUAACUUAUUAUGGUGCUAUGUCCCUCCCGGGAGCUUAAGCGGUUAACGGCGAAUCGUGAAGACGAGCUCGAAUCAAGAUCGCGACCUAAUCAGUGUCUUCUGCGUAAGUUAUACUGAAUGGAUGGGUGUUUUUUUGCGUGCGUGGGUAAUAGCUUGUGUGCUUGUGCGUCUGAAUCAGCGACCGGCCGAUCUCGUACUUCCAGUCGACGUGAAACGCCGAGCAAGUUAACCGAUACGGGCACAUAGUAACGCAAAAGAAAGAUAAAAGAAAGAACUCUCAAUAAAUAGACCAACGCGAGGUGCCAAAACAAAAAAUAAAAUAGAUAAAAAUCCGACGACGGGAACAAUUAGGUCCUCAUACCAUAUCGAAGGAUCAGCAAACAAAAAUCGCUCAAUCGUUCAUAAUGCAUUCCGUAGAAAAGGUAUUUUAUAUUUUUGGAAAUCUCGUCGCCGUCGCCACCGCUGUUAUGCGGACUGUCCAUUCGAGCGCUCACUUUCGUUAUCGAUUCUCAACACUGUCAACGAGAGGCUUUAGGUUUUUUUUGAAUUGCUGAGACAAAUUAUUGGGACAUUGGUAUGUCCUUGUCCUAUUCGUUUGAUAUUAACUACUCGAUUUACAAUUUUAUCUUUAUCGUAUGCUUCUUUAAGGUCUUUAUAAUUCAUGCAUAUUGUCUAGCAAUGUCACCAGUUCUUUUAAUUGGUGUUUGUUUGCUAUUUUAUGCAUAUCACUCACUCGUCUUAUUUGAGACUAGAUCCCUGUGGCCAGACUUCCAAUAAUACAGCAUGCUUGUUCCUGACGCAGUCUUCUCAAGGAAUAACAAUUGUUCUUAUUCUUUAUGUAAACGAGAUGGCAAUUGCAUGGCUGCGCCAGGAAUGGCCGCCUAACGAGUAACUUUGUCGUGUAGUAACAUGUCUUUGUAUCGACCUUAUAUCGUAAAUGUAUUUCAUCUAUAAAAUAUUUCUAUCAAAUA